UGAUGGCUGAUCCAGAACUCAAUAUCAAUUUCCACCUAGGUGAUUAAAUAAAAAAUCACUUUGCGUGCUGGAUCGGGCAAACUCCGGGAACUUUUUGAUUGGGCUGUCCUGAAUCUCGACCACCACCCUCACGACCAAAUAAAAGUGGCUCUUGACAUGAUUCAACUCAAAGCCGCACAGGCUUUAUUGAGUAUCUUACAUGCAUCACUCGAUCAGGAAUAUGAUGAGAAUGACGAUAUUGUCAACAGCGGGCAGUCCGUCCGCUCCAUCAUCGAGACACGCCCAAAAGUAGUCAUCGAGCGGGCACAUGACAUGCUAUAUGCAUAUCCCUGGCGUGAGGUUCCCACCUACUGGCGUCGAGUCUAUACAGAUGCGUCGCUAUGGGCAGUAACACGAAUUCUCGAGCGCCAUGUACAACCAAUUGGAGGACCCGAAUACGUGAACGAAUUCGAGCGCGAGGAAAAAGAAGAAGGAUGGCCCCAGCUAGUCGUGCGGCUCCUAGAUAUGGCAGUCAUCAUGACCGGCGCUCCACGAAGGACCGAGUUGAUUGAGACUAUCUUUGCUGCUCUUGAGGAGCUGCUCGAUGCGAAUAAAGACGCCAACGAAUACGCUCCCUUGGCGAAGCGCAGGAAGACAUGUCCCAGUAUAGGGGUCAAUAACAACGAGACAUCCUUCCUCUCGCCGAGCAGGUCCUCAGUCGCACUCAAUCACCCUGUUCACCGUGCCGUCGCUCCAUCACUAGGCGAAUUCCAACAACACAUUGAUACUAUCCACAGCCCCAUGGUAAUAACCAACGCGCUCACCCACUGGCCCGCCCUCAGCACACGACCAUGGUCCAAGCCAUCAUAUCUCCUCUCCCGUACACUGGGCGGCCGGCGACUAAUCCCCGUUGAACUCGGGCGCAGCUACACGGACGACGGUUGGGGACAGCGCAUAAUCCCAUUCAAGCAGUUCCUAGAUGAGUACAUGGGCCAUACACCCCUGGACGCAGCAUCCUCAAGACCACCAUCAGGACCACCAUCAGGACCACCAUCAGGACCACCAUCGCCAUCGCAUUCAGACUCAACCACCACGGUCAACGGAAACAUACAUGCCGCUACUAGGCAGACAGCCUACCUUGCUCAAUAUGACCUUUUCGCUCAAGUUCCCUCCUUACGCGCCGACAUCGCCGUGCCGGACUACUGCUAUACCGCACCUCCGCCUCCUCCCGCCAACAUCUCACAGCAGCCACGACUGCUAGAGGAGCCGCUGUUAAAUGCCUGGCUUGGGCCCGCCGGGACCAUUUCCCCGCUGCAUACUGACCCAUACCAUAAUAUUCUGACGCAGGUUGUGGGUGCAAAGUAUGUCCGGCUGUAUGCGCCAGAGCAAACGCCAAACGUGUAUCCUCGGGGCGUAGACGUAAAUGGGGUGGAUAUGAGUAAUACGAGUGAAGUUGACGUGGGGCAUUUGGUUGAUAUGAGAACGAGUGGGAGCGUGGAGGAGGGUAAGGCUACGGAGCCAGACGGAGUUGAGGAUGAGGGGCACAGGCAUGGGUCAGGAAAGACGAGGCAGAGAAAUGAGAUUGAGAGACGGUAUCCAAAGGUCCUGGGGGCGAAGUAUGUGGAGUGUGUGCUGGAGGCGGGUGAAUGUCUGUACAUCCCGGCGGGUUGGUGGCAUUACGUUCGAAGUCUGAGCCCAAGCUUUAGUGUGAGCUUCUGGUGGAAUUAGGCUCAGGGGGACGUUGGGUAUGCAUGCAUGACCAGAAGAGGCUGCAGUACUGCUUCCAAGAGAUGGCGAACCCUUCGUGACUAAAGCGUCGCCGGAUGCUCGAAAGAAACUACAUUCGUGUGUAACUCAUUCUCGCUAAUGCGACUGGUAAGCCGAGAUGCAUCAAUAUUCCAGCUCUAUGGCCGUUGCUGCCGCUAAAUCCA